UCUGUAAAAUCUUGAUCACAGAAACGUUUGAAGUGUUCAGCGUGUUUACAAAUUUCAAAAGAAAACGUACUGUCGUCGUAGCUAGUUAUGUAGACUAUUCUGUAGCGAUGUCUUCUCAAAGUCGGCGGAGGAAAAUAUCGGAAAAGCAGUCGGAGGAGUCUUCUGAUGAUGAGAAUUAUGUCCCUUACAUACCCAUCAAACAGCGCAAAAAGGCACAGCUGCAGCAUGUUGAGCUACGAAUUGGACGAGCUGCCGCCCUAAUCAAGGAGGAAGAGGAGGCGAUGAAACAAAGCACUUCUGAAGGGUCAGAGGCCUCAGACAGGGAAGAUGGAAAUACCAGUGAGGAGGAAGAGGAGGAGGAAAAUCAGGAAGCAGGGGAAAGGUCACACAUCAGUCUACUGGAUCAACAUAGUGAACUGAAAAAGAAAGCAGAAGCUAAGAAAGAAACAGCUCGAGAAAAACUACUCAAAGAGGAAGAAAGAAUUUUGGAAAGUGUUGCUGAAAAAACAGCUUUGAUGGGUGUGGCCGAGUUAGCUAAAGGUAUACAGUACCAGGAAGCCAUCAAGACAGGGUGGCAGCCACCCCGUUGCAUCCGAGAAUUGAGCAAAGCACGACACGAGCGUCUGCGUAAGAAGAUGCACAUUCUAGUGGAGGGAGAAGACCUUCCCCCACCUAUAGCCAACUUUAAGGAAAUGAAGUUCCCCAAGGCAGUUAUUAAUGGGCUGAAGAAGAAAGGCAUCACAAAGCCAACACCCAUACAGAUUCAAGGGAUACCUACUGUGUUGUUGGGCCGAGACAUGAUCGGUAUAGCGUUCACAGGAUCUGGGAAGACACUUGUGUUUACUCUGCCAAUUAUCAUGUUUUCUCUGGAGCAGGAGAAACGCUUACCCUUCAUCAAAGGAGAGGGGCCCUAUGGUCUCAUCAUAUGUCCCUCAAGAGAGCUGGCACGACAAACACAUGAGAUAAUUCAGUACUACAGUCAGUGCCUGGCAGAUGAGGGCUUCCCCCUGCUUAGAUGUGGUUUAUGUAUUGGAGGUGUGUCCGUCAAGGAGCAGCUGGAGGUCAUCAAGGCGGGGGUACACAUUCUUGUUGCCACGACAGGCCGACUGAUGGACAUGCUUAACAAGAAAAUGAUUACUCUGGAUGUCUGUCGAUAUCUGGCCAUGGACGAAGCUGAUCGGAUGAUAGACAUGGGGUUUGAGGAGGAUGUGAGGACCAUCUUUUCCUACUUCAAGAGCCAAAGGCAGACUUUACUGUUUUCAGCCACCAUGCCUAAGAAGAUCCAGAACUUUGCUCGCAGUGCGCUGGUCAAACCUGUGACUGUUAAUGUGGGACGAGCAGGUGCCGCUAGUUUAGAUGUCAUUCAGGAAGUGGAAUAUGUCAAACAGGAGGCCAAAAUGAUGUACCUUCUGGAAUGUUUACAGAAAACAGCCCCACCUGUGCUGAUAUUUGCGGAGAAGAAACAAGAUGUAGAUGCAAUCCACGAAUAUCUUCUGUUGAAAGGUGUGGAGGCUGUCGCAGUUCAUGGUGGCAAAGACCAAGAAGAAAGAACACGCUCCAUUGACCAAUUCAAACAUUUCAAGAAGGAUGUAUUGGUAGCGACAGAUGUGGCCUCCAAAGGUCUCGACUUUCCCGACAUCCAACAUGUUGUCAACUACGACAUGCCAGAGGACAUUGAAAACUACGUCCAUAGAAUUGGACGUACUGGGCGUUGUGGUAAAACUGGCAUCGCGACCACCUUCAUCAACAAGACAGUGGAGGAGAGUAUUCUAUUGGAUUUGAAGCAUCUGUUGAUUGAGGCCAAGCAAAACUGUCCACCAUUCUUGGCUGGCAUGACAUCAGAGAGUGAGAAAUACUUGGACAUUGGAGGAGAAGUUGGAUGUUCUUAUUGUGGCGGUCUCGGACAUCGUAUCUCAGAUUGUCCCAAACUGGAGGCACUCCAAACCAAACAGGCACAGAACAUUGGUCGCAGAGACUACCUCGCAAAUAACAGUGCAGACUGGUAGAAAUCUAAUCCUGAAAAACAUUGUGAUGAAUUUUGGAUAUCUUGGUCUGAUUUAUAAACAACAUUGACGACUGGUAGAUAUCUGGGUCUGAUUUAUAAACAACACUGACGACUGGUAGAUAUCUUGGUCUGAUUUAUAAACAACACUAACGACUGGUAGAUAUCUGGGUCUGAUUUAUAAACAACACUGACGACUGGUAAAUAUUUGGAUCUGGUUCAUUUUAAGCAGUUUGAAGUGGUGAUUAUAAGACUUGUACAUCAUUCACAACUAUGUUGAAUUGCAGAUAUCACACAGAGUUGUGUAUAUCUCUCUGAUAUUACAUAAAGAUUUCCCAUGUGCACUUCAUCAGUAAUGUAUGUUAUAACAUUGUAUUUUUGUAUUGUUUGCCACCAAAAUCAUCUAUUUUGAAGUUUAGUAGUAUGGUGCAGUACUUGUGUUGAGAUGAUAUUUCUGUGAUGUCAUACUCUGACAUUGGAUAGUUUUGUUAUUAUAAAGUUAAUUGCUUCUGAUCAGUAAGAGAAUAAAUGGAUUGCAAUUUGUAAUGGUAUAAAUUCAAUUUUACUCAAAUGUCAGGCUUUAUCUUACAGAGAACCGACAUAUUUUUUCGCUGUGUCACGCUGUACAUUCUCCUCAUGAAUAUUAUCAUUUGCAUUAAAAAGUGGCUAUGAAUUUAACACUCCUUACUACAUUGGAAACAAUGUUAAGUCCCCAUACGAAGUUUAUAAAAUAAUGGAUCCAUUGAAGUCGCCUACAUUUCAAUCAUGUAUCAGAUUAUACAUUAUACUGUAUUCUGUGAUAGUUGUGGAGUAUAGGUCUACCCAAUCUUCAACAGGAAACUAUUGAUUUUUCUCUAUACAUAUGUGCACAUUUGUAUUUGAAAAACAAAUGAUGUCAUCAUAUUAAAGAUGUUUAUAAUGAA